AUGGACUCUGACGCUGCGCCCCCGUUCCCCGACGACGUCCCCACGGCGCCGCUGCUCCGGCUCUCGCUGGCCAAGCUCCGGGCGCGCGAGCCAGACGAGGUGCGCCGCUUCACCGCCGCCUGCGAGGCCCUGGGCUUCUUCUACCUCGACCUGGGCGGGGACGCCGUGCUGCAGCAGGCCGACGCGCUGUUCGACGCCGGCCGCGCGCUGUUCGACCUGCCGCUGGCCGAAAAGGCCCGGUACGACUUUUCCCGCCUCGGGACCUACAUGGGCUACAAGGCCGUGGGGGCGUCGGUCGCCGACGCGGCGGGCAACCUCGACCGCAACGAGUUCUACAACGUACGUCGGCAAGGACGACGUCUUUGA